GAGGAAUCCUAAUCAACCUGUUUGCAGCCUUUUGCAGCACCUUGACGCGCACACGAGCACUUCUCUAUUCCCUAUCAGGGCAAGAAACUUAUCUUUUGGAUCUAAGCCCCCGUCAUCUUCUCUGGAGCAUCUUCUCUGCGUGGUUGUCACUGUGAGCUGUCACCGCGCUCAUCUCGUCUCUGCCCACCGACGUGAGAGUGAAAGUGGGGACAGACAGCCCACCCUCUCACCACCACCGCAACCCCCCCUUGUGCCGCCUUUAGAGAGGGGAAGCCCCAGCCACGCUCGACUCGUUGAGUGGAUCUCCUGCCUCGUGCGUGUGUGUAGCCCGGGGCUCCGUCCUCCUCAACAGUUGCCACCGGAGAGGAAGAGGAGAGCGGGAGAGACAGCAGACGAGGACGGAAGGGACGCGGAGAGCCACGCAGCUCCUGCCCCGGCUUCUGCUCCUGUCAUGCAGUCGCUCAUCUCUCCGGUGACCAAGGCCAUCCUAGUCGCCCUCUUCAUCUUCGCCAUACUCCUCAUCCUCUACGUGAUCCUUUGGUACAUUUGCAGGGACGUGGACUGUGACCACGGCAUCUGAGGAUUCCUUCACUUACACAAACAUAAAAUAGCUGGAGAGGAUAACACAAAUGGAGGAGCCCGGGGUCACCCUCGAUGCCCAGACAAGAUGGCAAGGUUGUCAUAGUGACGGGAGGAGGCAAGGGAAUUGGCUAUGAGGUUGUCCGACACAUGGCUAAACUGGGGGCACAUGUUAUCAUAGGUUGUAGGGAUGAACGCCAGGGUGUGGAAGCCAUCAGAAAGAUUCAGGAAGAGUACAACGAGGCUAAAGUGGAGUUCAGGAAACUGGACCUAGCGUCUCUGCAGUCUAUCCAUCAGUUUGUCCACAACUUCAAGGAGCGUGACUUACCGCUCAAUAUUUUGGUCAAUAAUGCAGGUGUCAUGCUAGUUCCUGAAGGUUGUACCGAGAACGGAUUUGAACUGCACUUUGGUGUGAACUAUCUGGGCCACUUCUUGCUAACCUGGCUGCUCUUGGACACAUUGAAGCUCAGCGGCAAAUCUGGGAAUUUCUCUCGCGUGGUCAACGUCUCCUCCUCUGCGCAUCGAAACGGCCAGAUCCGACCAAAUGAUUUGAAUAGCCGACAAUGCUAUUCAGCCCACGGAGCGUAUUGUCACAGCAAGCUGGCGCAGCUCUUGUUUAGCUCCCGCCUCCACCAGGAGCUGGAGCAGGGUGGUUUUCCAGUGAGUUCGUGCGCUGUGGAUCCUGGCAUGGUGGACACUUCUCUCUACCGGCACCUGUGGACACCCCUACGCCUGGCACAUCGUAUUGUGUCCCUCUUGCUCUUCAAGACCCCUACGGAGGGGGCUGCCACAGUCUUGUUCGCUGCUCUGUCACCGGCACUGGAGGGUGAGUGUGGAGGAGGCUACUGGGCCAAUGGAGGCAGAGACGUGACGACACCAUUGACAUUUGACCCCCUAAUUCAGCAGCAAUUGUGGGAAACCAGCCACAGGUUUCUGGAACCACAGUAACUCUUGACUAUAUUUCAUUGGGCCAAUCAGCUUCUUUCCAAUUCUUUGUUGCGAUUACUGUGGACAGUCUCACAAUCCACCUCUGGACUGGACCAUUAUUGGCACUGAAGUGGUGAAAGACCCACAUUUUUUUCCCAAUCCCGCCAAAGAAGGGCUACCGAGAAUGGAAGACUUUCCUCACUGCGAUCAAGCAAACAAUACACGAAGAUUUGAUGUUACCACCACAAGUAUCGCUCGAGGUUUUAGUUGUAUUCCCAGACCAUCAAUCUACAGCAGCACGCCAUGACGCCUGCCUUAACAAUGGUGUUCUGUUCAAUAAGGAAGUUAAUUAACUUUUCCCAACACUCAUCCAUUUUACCAAUGUAAUCCCGAACACAAACAAUGCUUUUAGAGAGUAGAUUUUGGCUCACAUUCCAGUCAAAGCGUAGCACGCAGUCCUGAUUUCUCCAAAGUACCCUUGCGACGGAUGUGCCAAGUGAUGUCAUCACUGAGUUUUAACACCUCAGUGAGUCUUGAGUCAUUUUGUGAUGAGGCCCAUUUGAAUAGGAGCACUUUGCUUUUUUGUGCAUUUCUUGACUUGAAAUGGGUCUUUAAGUUGUCCUCCUCUAGUCAUGUAACAAGCAGUGUUUAAAAAAAAAAAAAAAAUCCAACAAAAGACCUUUUUUGUGACUUAUGCUAUUUUCCAUUCACACGACAACUAAAUAGAGAAAGUAUGGUAUUUUUUAAUAAUCCCCACAUCCCUCUUCCAAAAAAGUGAUAAUUUAUUGAGAAAAAAAACACAAGCACCUUCUUACAAAUUUAUGAUUUGUGCCGAGACAAAAAAGAUCCUACAGUCUCUCCCCAUCCUGUGCGACCUUUGUUAAUCUAUUUUACAGAGUCGAUUUCUGUGUGGAUGCGCUUCAUACACAAGUACAAAGAGAGCUUAAUUUUUGCUACUGGUUUAUAUUGACAGUUUGCACAACAAUGGCAUGUGUGAUCUUAGAUUGGAGUUUGAAAAAGGAACAGGAAAAUGAAAAACUCUUUUUUUUUUUUUUUUGUUUUUUUUUUUUUGUUAUUCAGUAUUCAGGCUGUGAUUGGUUCCUUGCUGAUGCCACAGCUACAUUUGGCGAUGCUCCCAGUGCAUUGUGGGAGCGAGAUUUCCCAGUGGUGAGAAUCAAGCUCCAUCACUUAAGCUCAUACGCACACACACACAUAGAGAGUCAGUGCUAAACAUUGGAGGAAGAACACACAGACACAGUUAUCUCAACCAGCACACAACAAACAAACGCAACUGUUGUUGGCCACUGUGAUCUACCAUUUCGACUGUGAACUUGGAACAUUUUAUCUCUCAAAUGAUCAUCACCCUACGUGUGUGUAAUAACAACCUUUCAAGAUUAAUGCUUGCUUAUGUCUCAAUCACUAUGAUCAACGUGUAGCUAAUUGCCAAACACUCAAAACAACAAAGACGGGUGUGAAACAAGCCUGUAUCCAGUCUUUUUAAUAUUCCAAGAACUCAUUAAAAAUAAUAUAUGAUUUAUGAUCUUCAAAACAAAUGUGCCACGAGUGUAGUUAGCCGCCUUUGCUUCAAAAGCUAGGCCACGGUCUGUUUGAGUUCGCAACAAGUGCAUCCAUUAUUUAUAGUAAUCUUGUCUGGCACCUCUCAUACUCGUGACAGCUUUCUGAUCAGCGUCUUAUGUAGAGUGUGCUAAAUAGAAGACCUUGACUGUCCUACAAACACAUUGAAAGCAAAUGUGGGCUGGCUUUUGGAGAGCUUUUCCCACAUCACAUGUAAUUUGAAGGAUGCUAGUGAUGCAGAAACCCUCACUUCAUCAUUCAACUUUUGCAAGACAGUUGCUUAUGUGAGGGUUUGAUUGACACUGUUGUUACUCAUCCAUUAAAUUAGUCUUUGAUUAGCCUCAAACCACAGAGCUUAGCUGAUAUGGGUGUCCAUAUCGAUUUUUCUUGUCUUCCAAUUUACUUUGCGAAUGUUAGUGUUUUCACAGCUUUGAACUUAUAAUUUGUGCAUUGUGGCACACAUUUAUUUUAAAUAGCAGGUGGCGCCGUGCACACUCUCAGUGACGCAUCAUGCUUUGUGUUUGUGUUUUUUUCAGCUGGAAUUGGGUCAAGGUGAUUUUUGCCUGCUAGAAAGUUUAAAAGAGGAAUUCCACCUUUGUGCAUACAUUCAUAUCAACUGAAGAAAGAUGCACUAGAGGACUAUCAAAAUAUUGGAAUAACCAGAGUGAAGUCAUAAUAUUCGAACAAAAAUGUAUAGGGUAAUGUUUGCAGAUUGUGGUUUGGCAAAAGAAAGUACUACAGUGGUACCUCGACAUACAAUGUAAAAUUUGACUCGUCGUCCGGCUCGAUAUAUACGACAUGCUCGAAAUACUAGUAAUGACGAUUAAUGAUAAUGUUUUCCCGCAAGACGGCAGAACGUCGCAUAUUCUCUUCAUAUCUCCUCUGACCUCAGUUUGCCAGUUUCUAUAAGUUCACUUGACAAUAAAAAUGCUUUUUAUUUAUUUUAUUUGUUUAUAAUUUAUUUGUUUUGCUAUGUGUAAUUGCUAUUUGUAAUUGUACCUGCAGUAUUUAUUAAGAAUUUAUCAUAGGUUUUUGGGCUGUGGAAAAAAAUAAUCGAAUUAUAAUGUAUUCUUAUGGGUAAAUCCCUCUUGACAUACGACCAUUUCGACAUACAAACCAGGUCCUGGAAUGAAUUAGUUUAGGUACUACUGAAUAUGCUAAAAUCAAUCAAUCAAUAAUAAUAACUAUAUAGCUGAAUAGAUCUUCGAUGACAUUAAUAUUACGGUAUAUGCUGUGAGAUUAUAAAAAAUACAUUGAAGUUUUUGUGCUCAACCCAAACUGAUAAUAGAAUUUUGUUGCCGCCAUUAAUUGACAUUUUUGGAGUAAGGAACCAAGAUGAAGUGAAAUGAGAUUUUGUUAGACAAAGAAGUACUUUGCUGCCAUCUUGUUGCACCUCCAGAUAAUUAAUUUAGAGAAGAAGUUUCCUAAAUAUAUACAGAUAGCCCCCGGGUUACGAACGAGUUCCGUUCCUACGCUGCCGAUUUAACCCGAAUUUUCACGUAAGUCGGAAUAAACCAUUUAAGUUCCCCUAAAUACAAUGGUACCUCGACAUACGAUUGCUUCGACAAAAUCUUUUCGACAAGCGACGUAAAAUUUGACUCGUCAUUUUUUUUCUACAUCCGAUGACAUGCUCGAAAUACGACGGUUUAUGACAGCGCCAGUUUCUUUGUUUUUUCCCGCAAGACAGACGCACGGCGGAUUUUGUUGUGAGAGAAAUCAACAUGGAUUCCAAGAAAGUAAGUGCAGGUGGUGAAAAAAGGAAAAAAGUGCCGCUUACCAUUAAAACGAAGAUGGAAAUCAUAGAACAACAUGAGCGUGGUGUGCACAUCCGUGGACUGGCUCAACAAUUCGGCCGUGAAAUAUCUACGAUCUCGAUGGUUCUCCUCCGACCUCCGUUCACCAGUCUUAAGUCUUUAGUCUUAAGGUGACAUUUAUUAUUGUUGUGACAUCGGCAAGGAAGUCGCCAGCUUCGUCAUGUUUUCAGAACUUGUGCAACACACCACGCCUACUGUCCGUCGCAGUUGAGGCAAACUACUACAGGACAUUAAAAGUGAAAUUAGAAUCUCUUCCGCCCUCACUGUCUCACUGACACGUCAACCACACGGCACGAAAAACACAUCUGCCACAUUAGAACCUGAUUAUUAUUCCGAUUGUUAUAUAUAAUUUAUUUAUUUUAGGUUAAUAAUACCAGCAGUAUUUAUUAAGGAUUUUAGUGUAGGUUUUCGGGCUGUGGAACGAAUUAUUGGAAUUAUUAUGUGUUCUUAUUGGAAAAUCCUGCUCGACAUACGACCAUUUCCACUUACAAAAAAGGUCCUGGAACGAAUUAACUUCAUAUGUAGAUGUAAAAUUGAAUCCCCUAAAUCUCAAUAUAACUAUCCAAAAACAUGUAUUAUAUGUCAGAUUUACAAAAUAAAGCAUAAGAUACUGUACCUACCAUCAAUGCUGAGAGGAGGCUGGAUGAGCCACUAGCCCCUUUCAGACAUAUGCUGACGCAUACGUCCCAGUAUAUUGUCUGGGACUUAACCGGAAUGCGGCAUGUAUGAAAGCAGCCAGUUAAUUCCCUGGUCACUGCGCAAAGGCUGAUGAUGCGUAUAUCACUGAUUGUUAUUUCCUUUUUCUUCGCAGGAAAGACGAAAAGUGGUAAACAUACAUUGCAAUUAUCAACAUGGUAAACAGGAAAUUGCAAGAUUAAACUGGAAACAUAACGAAAGUAAUUUGGUACUGGAUCUUAGAGCCAAGGACGAGACGGACAAUCUUUGAAAAUGUGUUUUAUUUUGUUGCCGAUGCCAACCGAAAAGGACCUCCCCGCACAGAGAGCGCCGAGUUGUCAACACGGCACAAGUCUCAAAGUGUCCAACCUAUGUCUGAAGUCCAUGACACAGGUAAAUUGCGCGUCGGAAUUUAGCGAGAUAUAAGUUUGAAAGGGGCUACUGUUACGUGACCAAAAAAAAAACAAAAAACGACUGUAGACAAAAUGGCGGAUGAGACUCCGGCGUCUUAAAGUCGAAUUUACGUAGUCGGGGACUACCUGCAUACAUAUAAAAAUACUCAUUGUUUUUCUAUAUCAAAUAUCAUCAAAUUGAUUGGCAGUCAGAUUGUCUGUUUUUUAACAUUGAAACAUGUUGAAUUUCAGUCCUCUGAGUUUUAUUUAUUUAUUUUUUUGCAACUAUUACCUGAUGAAUGGAAGUAUGUCUCCUGAGAAAGUACUUGUCAAAUGCAAAGUUCUCCUUGCAAUGUUCUAUAAUUCCCAUGACAUUAAGACUUUUGUAAUAUUAUGACUUCAUUCUCCUAACUUUACGAAUUAACAUGGUCUCACCACAUCUCUUCCAACCUUUUAUAUUUGUUUUUGUGUCUGUUCACGUCUACAUUUAUAAAGCGCAUACACAGGUUUUAACACUGGCUACCAUUGACGGCCGUAGACGUCCAAUCCAUUUCAAUGCCACUGAUUGCAACUAAUGCCAGAUCCAUUUGAACUGGGAGGAACUAGCAAAGCACCCAAUGAGUUAACAAUCCGGAUUUGAAACAAGCCUGUAUCACUUGUUUUUCUUGCCGUAUAUUUCACUGUAUUUUUCUCUUUUGUUUUCCAUCCUCAUUUUCUCAGUCUUGUCUCAAAAAAAAAACACACACAAAAAAAAAAAAACGGUGUAACUUGAGGGCUUGCUUGUGCGGUUGUGUGGCUGCUAUUGUAACAGUCUGCCUAAAAAACAAAACAACCAUACUAGGUCCCACUGGUGCACUGGUUUCAUCCUUUCCUAUUUCAGUGAAGUUUGCUCCUCAGAAGCAAUAUUUACAAAGCAUGCAAGGCUGUUGCGUAAACAAAAUCUGUUUUUUAAAAAAUGAAAACGUGUUUAUGCUCCAGUAGGUGUUUUAAAGGCACAAAAGCAGUGCUUCUUUUUGCCACCUGAGCCCAUUCUUAUCCAAAGACAAGAUGAAGACCAUUACGAGGCUCUGUUGUUGUUUUUGGCUCUUGAUGACCUUGUUGUAACACAGCAUGUAGCACCCUCUUGAGUGUGUUCGACACAAGCAGGACAAAACACGUCGGGUGUUGAAUUUCAAAGACCAAAUGGAAAAAGGGCAGCCACUGCUCCAGUCAAACCGUCUGUGGUAAUGUCCAUGUGUGAUUUAUUCGUCCGUCAUCGUUGCAAAACCUUGCUGAAGGUUACAUACCAGAGAAGCUCUUUGUAGACUUCUAGGGAUUGACCUGGAAUUACAUUUAUAUUAAAUGUUCCUGGAUCAAGUUCUGUAAAUCUUAAGUGUGCAUAUGUAUAGUAAGAGAGAUCAUAUACAAAUGUAUAACAAGAGGUUGCAAGAUGAAUUCAAUCCUUCCUCUACAGACGUUAUGGUGUCCUCCUUACAUCUCCCUGCCUUUCCUCCAUUGGUGUCCAGACACAAUGUUUGCACGGUUUCCUCCUAAAAUCCAAUGUCAACAUUCAGUCCAUCUGGACCCCUGUUGAUUUAAUAACAAGUGCAAAAAUGUUUUAUUUUCUAACAUGAUUUCAUUAUUGAGAUCUUGCUUUUUUGUUGCCUUGUAAAAGUAAAUCACCCCCAGACUUAUGUAACUGUGACUUUUCCAUGUAUAAAUGAACUUGUUAAAACUGUGAAACUGUCUUGUCCCGUGCGUGCUGUAACUCUUGAGGGUGAGUGUAUAUGCGCGCGUCUCGAAAAGGGAGUCAAUGUUUUUUUUUUGUCAAUGGUUGUGACAUUCCAACUGUAGCCGCCACCUUUUCUAUUAUCCAAAGCCUCUCAAUAAACAUAUCAUGGUGUCACUCU